AUGGCCACCGACCAGAAUUACUGCGUGAAGAUCAACACCACUGCUCUGCCCUUUGACGUGGCCCAACAGGCCUGUGUGGAAAAGAAGCUGUCUUUGGCAACGGUAAUCAGCGAAUCGCAGCAGGCCUUUGUCACGGAACAAGUUCGUCAGGUUCGGUGUUUUUUGCCCCACUGUGACCUCGUUGGUCUCCUGUUCACCGCACUCACGCCACGACGACGACCACCACCACCUGCUGGCAUCCUCUCUUGGUCACCGAAGCUUGGUGUGAUGACAAGACAAGGUCUGCAUGUUGACAUCGGGCGCAGGUGUGUGAAGGACGUGCAAGUCCCCGCGAUCGCCUUCAGCCUGCAGAAGCACACUGAGGUGGCCUCCGUCGAAACGGGUGGUCAAACUAUCAUGUGCAUGCACCUUGAUGUGUCUACAACCUUGGUGCUUUUAUACCCGUAA